AUGGGUGACUCUCAUCUUCAAGCAGCCGUCGUGCUGGACAAUGGCUCGGGCACCAUUCGCGCAGGUUUCGCGGGAGGUGAGAUGCCCGACACCUACUUCCCUGCGUUCGUAGGGCGGCCGAAGCAUUUGCGCGUGCUCGCCGGUGCGCUGGAAGGCGACGUGUUCAUUGGGAAGCAUGCAGAGAACGAAAUGAGGGGCCUUCUCAAGAUCAAGUACCCGCUGGCCCAUGGUAUUGUGACGGAUUGGGACGAUAUGGAGCGGAUCUGGGAAUACGUCUAUAGCGACGCACUCAAGACCAUGAGUGAAGAUCACCCUGUACUGUUGACCGAGCCCCCUCUGAACCCCCGAAGCAAUCGCGACACGGCCGCCCAGAUCCUCUUUGAGACCUUCAACGUACCGACCCUCCACACAGCCAUGCAGGCCAUCCUAUCACUAUACGCCAGUGGACGGACGACGGGCAUCGUGCUCGACUCGGGCGACGGCGUGUCGCACGCGGUGCCCGUCUACGAAGGCUUUUCCGUCCAGAACAGCAUCCGCCGUGUCGACGUGGCGGGGCGAGACGUGACCGAAUAUCUGCAGAUGCUGCUGCGCAAGAGCGGCCACGUCUUCCACACGAGUGCCGAGAAGGAGAUUGUGCGUCUCAUCAAGGAGCAGCUGUCCUACGUGGCGCACGAUCCUCGCAAGGAGGAGCGCGAGUGGUUCGGCCCCAAACACAGCGAGAGCAAGAUGGGCGAGUACAAAUUACCAGAUGGCAACAAGCUCAAGGUCGGGGCGGAGCGCUUCCGCGCACCGGAGAUCCUCUUCGACCCGGAGAUCAUCGGCCUCGAGUACCCAGGCCUUCACCAGAUCGUGGUGGACUCGAUUAGCCGCGCGGAUCUGGACCUGCGCAAGUCGCUGUACAGCAACAUUGUGCUGUCGGGCGGCAGCACGAUGAUCAAGGGAUUCCCGGACCGACUGCUCUCCGAGGUCCAGAAGCUGGCGCCCAAGGACAUGCGGCUCAAGAUCUUCGCGCCGCCCGAGCGAAAGUUUACCACAUGGAUCGGCGGGAGUAUCCUGGCGCAGCUGAGCACGUUCAAGAAGAUGUGGGUGACAAUUGACGACUGGCACGAGGACCCCGACUGCAUCCAUGCGAAAUUUAUAUAA